AUGUACCGAACGGUCGAGGACAUCCAGGCCGCCGCGGACAACCCAGAGAUACGCAUUCUGGAUCUCGAGGGCGCGACCAUCUGCGGAAAGACGGGCCAGGGCCUGGUGAUCUCGCGGCCGGGGACCAUCAUCAAGAACGGCACGCUGAAGGGCUUCUCGAGGAACCUCCUCAAGAGCACGUUCUCCCUGUCAUCGGACCCCAAGCAGGAUGUCAGCCCCGGCGGCGGGUUCGCGGCCGUGCACGUCCUGGCCCCGACGUGCGUGCUGGACCGCGUCACGAUCGCCGACGCGGAGGGCCACGGCGUGCUGAUGCAUAGCGGCGCUGCGGCGGUGCGCAUGAUCAACUGCACGGUCUCCGGGUGCACGGGGAGCGGGAUCGUGAUCGACGCGGGCGCGCAGAGCAUGGUCAUCGGCGGGGAGGUGUCGCGGAGCGGCACGGGCGGCGCGAACGCCAAGAGCAUGGACGACAAGGGGUGCGGGGUGCUGGCGCGGGGGCAGGGGACGGUGGUGCUGGUCAAGGGGCUGCGCUCGACGGGGAACAGCGCGUCGGGGAUCGAGGCGCGGAACGGCGCGCAGGUGGCGGUCACGGGCGGCGUGGUCGCGGACAACUUGGGCCACGGCAUUGUUGCGUCGGGCCAGGAGAGCAAGCUCGAAGCGACGGAGGUGGUCAUUUCGGGGCAGAGGCACGAGGCGCUGUUCGCACGGGACGGAGCGAAGGUCGACGUGCACGGCUGCCAGAUCCUCGUCAACGGCGGGAAGGGCAACUGGGUCGCGCAACCCUCCCCAGGGGAGAAGCUCGGGCCGGCUCAGGAGCCGUCGCCGGCGAAGCAGGCGUCGAUGAGGUCCACUGCUGCCCCGGGGGCGACGGGGCCGUUGAAAGCGAUCUCUGGCGCGCUGACGCAGCAGGAGCAGCUCCUGCUCGACGCGCUGCAGGAUCCGGGCAUGGAGUCGCCGCACAGCGGCGGCACGGGCGCGCGGCCGGACGCGCCGUCGCACCAGCGGUCGGCAGCGGCGGCGCUGGCAAAGCAGCUGAGUGCUGCGCGGCUGGCGGCGACGCGCGCGGCGAGCGGGCCCGUGUACGUCGUGGAGACGCCGCCCGACGGCAGCGGCGCGCUGGAGAUCGCGCGCGAGAAGCUGCCGUCCGAGGCGUCGCUGGGGAGUGUGGAGAUUGCAGCGGCACUCAACGGCGGGCGGCAGGAGGCGCCGCUGGACCAGCAGGUGCAGGAGCGGCUGGCGCACAUGGCGACGGACGCGGCGGGCAUGUUGACGACGCGCACGGAGGUGUGGAUAGACGGCGUGCUGGUCACGGAGGAGGCGGCGGCGGCACGCACGUCGCUGGACCUGGACACGUCGAAACGCGGCGUGCGGCAGGCGGAGGAACCCGCGGCGAAGUCGUGCUGCGCGAUGAUGUGA